AUGAAGACGUGGCAAAUUUUGGAAUUUGAUGGCAAACCGUAUUAUGCGUUUGUGCCUGAAGGCGAUGUGCCUUUACCGGACGAGGAUAUACUAGAUCAAGUAGAAUCAUUAGAGGAGGAAGUAGAAAUAAUAAAAAAUGGGAAUAUUGAUAUAGAUAAUAUAAAACGGAAUUAUUCGGAGGAGGAAUACGUUUGUACGGAACAGAAAUCAUACAAUGUUGGGAGCAUUCUUAAUGAAAAUGUUGAGGCAAUAGAGGAACUGGAUAUAAAACCGAUCAUACUAAACGGCAUCAGUGAAGCUGUGGAUGGCAAAACUGCUGGAGAUUUAUAUCAGGUGAAAGUAGAGGGCAGUAUGGUGACUAUCGAGAAACUUGCGUCCAAUACAGAGACAGAUGGGAAAACAACCGAAGAUCAGAUGGAGGAUAUAAAUGAUGAUGAGGGAGAAAUAGAAUAUCUUGAGGAAGCAAUGCUAGAUGUACCUAGCAUUGCUCUCCCCUCUAGCAUUGCUCCCUCCCCUGGCAAUAAAGCAUCGCGUAUGAAAACUGCCAAGAACUCCAGUGAGGCUAUGAAGUGCAAAUUGUGCUCGGACACAUUUGAUACGAUUUUAGCCUUUAGAAAACACGUAGCAUGGAAUCAUAAAAAGAAGAUGUGCAUAAGAGAGAACGACGCUUACAUAUGCGCUGUGUGCGGCUUUAAAACUCAGAAGAAGAGUUUGUUUGCUGCUCACCUGGACAGGAAGCAUGAAACUUGGAAGUCCCGGAGACGGUCUACCAACACGAAAUUUCCUUGUAGUGCUUGCGGCUUUAUUUGCAGAUCGAAGCAUUCCUUGCAGUCUCACUUUACGAGGAAACAUACGGACAAGUACGAGCAUCACUGCAAUUUCUGCUCAAAAAAGUUUAAGGUCAAGGGGGAUCUAACGAAUCAUAUACGAUUUCAUCAUAAAGAGAAGCCGGUCAAGUGCGACGUAUGUGGUAAACUGUGCCUUAAUUCCGGCUCGCUUUACGUCCAUCAGAAGUGGGCACACUACAAACCUCAAUACGAGUGUCACAUCUGCAAAAGACGUAUGGUAACACAAGAAAAUCUGGAUCAACACUUGGUGACGCAGCAUGAAAAACGUGACAAAAUAGUCUGCGCGGAAUGCGGUAAAACUUUUACAAAGAAAGACUCAUUCAAGAGGCACAUGGUGGUACAUACAGGAUGUAAACCGCAUUCCUGUAUGAUCUGUAGCAAACCCUUCGCGCGAAGAUCCCAGUUGCGUCAGCAUCUGCUUAUUCAUACCGGCAAGCGUCCGUUUGUAUGUGAUAUAUGCGGCAAAGCAUUCACGCAAAAGCCAGGCUUGAUCUGCCACAGAAAAACUCAUCCUGGCCAGCAUCCGCCGUUACCCGUGAUGCCAAUCGCAGAUUUUGUUAAAGAAUUCACUGAUGGAUAUGUACAGGAAAUGAACGCGCCAGAAAACGAAGAGGAGACCAAUGAGGAAGAAGUAUUGAACAUUUAA